GUACAACCUCCAGUCGGUUGAACCUUGACACGCCGCAUCCUUUCUUUAUGUCCUUAUCGCCAGCCUCACCCUCACUUUGCACAUAGACCUCCCAAUUGAUACACAGAACUUGGAUUUUAUCAUCUAUACACUUUUGCUGCGCGUCAUACCGAAUUUUACGGGCGAACCCUCGCCCCUUCUGGUUAGAAAAAUGGGAGCGCUUUGAGGUGUUCGGAGUCGUAUCGAAAAGGGCGACAUUUCCUCUCCUCUCAGUUUAACACCCUGGCAAUCGCGACUACUCCAUGACGAGAAUACGAGAUCUCACACCACACAUUGCAAAUGGCGAACACGCGCUUUAGCACGGCCGAUAGAGGGAGGCAGAUGGCCUCCCCCAGACCUAAGACGCGCGAUAACAAGGACACGCUCUGUCGAAACGUGUUGAUCUAUGGCCACUGCCGUUAUGAGGACCAGGGCUGCACCUUCAAUCAUGAUAAAGGAUCUUCUAACUCAAUGGACAAUGGUAGCGCAAAGAAAUCUCUAAAUGUCGAAUCUCCCUCGUUCACUCCUACUCAGCUUGGGGGUAAGAAAUCCAACUUUUCGACAAAUGCCACCCCAUUCACACCUAGGGGAGCCUCUGCAUCCUUGCAGCAAGAUACUGGAGCCUCCCUUUACAAAUCAGCACCAUUUGCGGAUUUCGCUCCCCAGAACUACGAUUUGAAUACUGCGACCGCAACCAACGGUUCAACAGAUAGUGGAUCCCUCAGUUACGAUCCAUUUACUAUGUCUGCUGUUAACCAGGCGCUUCCAACGGCGCCAUAUAAUCCUUACGCCGAGGAUCACAGUGCCUUAGCCGGAGCUGGUGCUCCUUACUACGCGGCUCAGACUUCUUACACGGCUCCGUCUCAGCCCCUUCAAUACCAUCUUUAUUAUCCUAUCACGUCAGGAAGGGAAAAUCUGCAGCCCUACCAAAGACAAGUAUACGACCUGUUUCUUCCCGAUUCUAUCAGAGAGGACCUCCAGAAAAAGUCCGAGGCCGCGAGACAGGUGCUCCCGAGCCAGCCUGGAGUGCAGUUGCCCACUCUCCAGCAUUAUCAUUCCCUUGUACCUUUGGAUACUAAACUCCGGAGUGCGACCAAUAUCUUAGGGCUUCCGAGCUGGGUAUUCAAGGCAACUUCUCGCAAAAAUGGGAAUAUAUUCUGCUUAAGGCGAAUCGAAGGAUUCCGCCUCACUAAUGAGGAAGCAAUCAAAGCUGUGAAUUCGUGGAAGAAGAUUAUACAUCCAAACAUAGUUACAACGAUCGAAGCAUUCACGACAAGGGACUUUAAUGAUAGCUCACUCGUGUUUGUCCACAGUUAUCACCCUCUUUCGAAGACAUUAGCGGAGCACCACUUCCCCAGCAACCGCUUUGGUCGUCCCCAACCCAUUGCAGAGAAGAUACUGUGGAGCUAUCUAGUUCAGCUUGCGAGUGCUAUAAAGGCUAUCCAUAAAGCCAAACUCGCAGCGCGCUGCAUUGACCUCAGCAAGGUGAUCCUGACGGACAAGAAUCGCAUUAGGCUCAGUUCAUGCUCCAUUCUAGAUGUACUCCAUUUUGAAGUACCUCGCCGAGUUGAGGAAUUACAACAAGAGGAUUUCUUUAACCUGGGUCGACUCAUCUUGAGCCUGGCGACCAAUACGCCGAUUAGAAACCUCGGUGAUCUACGCUUGCCUUUGGACCAAUUAUCUAGGACUUACUCGCCUGAACUCAAAGAAAAGAUAUCGUGGCUACUUAGCCCACCACAGAACAUAGCGGAAAAGACAGCAGAGCAUUUGGUGUAUGACCUUGCUCAGCAUGCUGAUGAUGUUCUAGUAGCAUCAUUCAAUGCUCAAGACGAGACAGUUACUCACUUAGGCAGGGAACUCGAAAAUGGUCGAUUAGUACGACUAAUGGCGAAGCUAGGCUCUAUCAACGAACGACCGGAGUUUGACAACGACCCUAACUGGGCCGAAAACUCGGAACGUUACACCUUGAAGCUAUUCCGAGACUUCGUCUUUCACCAGGUCGACGCCCAAGGAAACCCAGUUAUCGAUCUUGGGCAUAUCAUUAGCUGCCUGAAUAAGCUAGACGCCGGUGUUGACGAAAGGAUUUAUCUAACCAGUCGGGACCACCAAUCGACUUUUGUGGUCUCCUAUAAGGAAUUGAAGAAACAAGCCCAGAGCGCAUUUAACGACCUGUUCAAGGCAAGCAACAAACAGCAGGCCAGCCGAGGCUACUAGAACCAGACACGUGCGGGCCGCAAUUCAUGGUCAGCAGAAGAUCUUACGAGAUCAAAAACUCACUAUCCAACGAAUUAUCUAACGAGAGGGGUUAGACGUUAUUUUAGGGGGCCUGUGUGGUGAAGUAGGAGCUUAGGACAUACGAUGGAAUUCUGAAUGCAGAAGAGUCUUACGGAAACGGGCAAAGAGUUUCGCAAGGAUAUUGGAAAUAGCACACGAUGGAAAGGGGCGUUGGACGAGUCCAAUCCAAAGCAGGUCUCGUUAGAACGCUCAACGAUGAAAUAGCCACCGGGAUGAACCAUUGGCUCAAAUCUCAACCGCGAGGGUUAUAACAUGACCAGCAAGAAGUACAGCUAGUCACUUCCCCCCUUUUUUCCCCAGCCGCAGAUAAUGAAACGAAGGAUUACUACCAACAGAUGAGAUGAUAUGCUACAUUGGGCUAUAUUCGGAUGUGUCACUUUAUUGAAUACUCCGGCAUAAAAGAGUUUGCAUUAAGGCAAUCCUCUCUUCAGGAGUUAUAUCCUGCUACUGUUGCCAGCAGGAACAUGUUUGGCUGGGCUAGGAGAAGGGUGACGAAGCAGUUUUGUUUUUAGCAUUGUCGAACGAAGAACGGGGUUUGAGAGUAUGGGCGGAGUGACGUUGUGGAUGACUAAAUAUCUCGAGAAGUAUAAAGUAGAAUACAAGCAAAGUUUCUUACU